GCUUAUCUUAGCUUAAGUUACCUUUAGGCGGUUCAAGGCGGCGAGAAAGGCUCGGAUGGGCGGCAAAUGUCCUGUUUCCAUAGUUCAACGCGUCAUACGUGUAUUAUACGGCAAAAAACCUACAAAAUGUAGCAUUAGUAUUAGCCGUGCCUAUGCUACAAAGUCACCGCUGCAGGUGGCAGCAGUCUGGUUGUCAUGGCAGCAUAAAGUGCCAUCAUGUUACCGUCAUAUAGAUACUCAUUUGUAUUAAUUUUCAUGUGUAGUAUUGUUGAGGGGGGAAAGUAUGUACCCUGUGUGAUUUGUACACUGUAUCGUCAAUAUAAUUAAUUCAAUAAGAACUACAAACAAAUUACUUUUAAAAAACCAAGAAUAGUACAGGUUGACUAGGAUAAAGGGCAAAGUCUAUAAAACAGUGGUGAGGCUGGCCAUGAUUAGAGACGGUGGCACUGAAGAAACAACAGGAAGCAGAACUUGAAGUAGCAGAAAUGAAGAUGUUGAACUUCUCGCUCGGAGUGAGCAGAUUGGAUAGGAUUACAAAUGAGCACAUUAGAAGGACAGCCAAAAUUGGAUGUUUUGGAGACAAGGUUCGAGAGAGCAGACUUCGAUUGUUUGGACAUGUCCAGAGGGGAGAGAGUGAGUAUAUUGUUCGAAGGGUGCUGAGGAUGGUGCUGCCAGGCAAAAGAGCGAGAGGAAGACCAAAGAAAAGGUUGAUGGAUGUUGUGAGGGAGGACAUGAAAACUGGGUGAUUAGUGAGGAAGAUGCACGAGAUAGGCUUAGAUGGAAAAAGAUGACACACAGUGGCGACCCCUGAUCGGGACAAGCCGAAAGGAAAAGAAGAAGAGUACAGGUUCCUCCUUCAGAAGUGGAAAGCCGCCGCUGUCUAUCACUAGGGAUGGGAAUGAGACAUGGAGCUGGACAAGGUGAGCAUAUGGCCGCGUAUGGAGCCUUUCCUCCUCGGUGCCCUUCAGGUGGCCCCAUCCUCUAAGCUCAGCCUGCACUACCUUCGUAAGAUGACCACCUACGUGCGCACCCGCGAUGGCUGCUUUCCUUCCUUGGCUUGGCCCAUGUGGAGGCACAUUGCAUGUGGGAAGCUGCAGCUUGCAGAAGAGCUGGCUUGGCUCUAUUUUGAAACCUUUGACCUCUUUACUAGCCACUCGCCCAGGGAUCGACUGGAACGGGCGGAAUGUAUUUCCCAGUGUUCUAGUAAAAGUGAGCUUGACCAGCAGAGGAAUAAGAUGUCCGUGGACACGCUUCAGUUCCUCCUCUUCCUCCACAUCCAACAGCUGAACCGUGUGUCUCUGCGCAACUCCCUCAUUGGGGAGGAGUGGCCCAGCCAUCGCACACGCUCUCCGUCUCCAUCGGAACGUGAGACCAAGACCAGCUCCCAGAACAAGAACUGGGAUGACCAGGCCCACCUGUCCUUUGUGCAGAACCACCUCGUGGAAAUUUUAGAGCUGCUGGUAGAGCCUGAUCAGCUCUCUGAGUCUGGAAUGGUCCCGCGUGACUGUCAGAUCUCGCUGGAGGCUGUGCGCAGCCUGGGCCUGCUCCUGGAGGGCUCAGUGCACGCUGGCAGUGCUGUUCAGCCCGUCCAUAAGUUGCUGAGUAAAGGUCCGCUCCAGACGCAUGCAGGCUACUCUGCAUUCAGCCAUUCUUUCCCUCUGUACCAGCUCAUCUCCUGUCUUCAACAUAAUCUCACCCUAAAUCCCUUUGGGAUAACAUCUUGCGUGCGCUCUGGGAAGAAGCUAGCUUGGGCCCAACAAGUGGAGGGGGCGAUGAAGCGUGCCAAGAUAGCCCGAAACACUCACAUAGCCCCAGCAGGUAGCAAGAUGGUGCUCAUGUCUCAGAUUUGCAAGCAGACCCUGGCCAAGACCUCUGACAAGAUGACAGGACCCAACAUUAGGAUCCAUCGAUGCUCUGACGCCUUCAUCUACCUCCUCUCGCCUCUCAGGUCGGUUAGUGUGGACAAGUGCAGAGAUUGCACGGUGGUACUCGGUCCAGUGGAGACCAGUGUGCAUGUGCACUGCUGCCAGAACGUGCGGCUGGCGUGCGUGGCAGGUAGGGUUGUGAUUGGGGCCUCGUCACACUGCACACUCCAUGCCAUGACGCCCACACGCCCUCUACUUCUGCCCGGAAAUGCUGACAUCACCAUUGGCCCCUUCCACACUUUCUACCCAUCCUUGGAGGACCACAUGGCCAGCGUGGGGCUGGCAGUGGUGCCCAACAUGUGGGACCAGCCCCUGCUACUUGGGACCGACCCCAUCAAGCCCUCUGUGAACCCAGAGUUGGCAUGCUACCGUUUGCUGCCCCCAGAGGAGUUUAACAUGCUGGUGGUGCCUUUCCACAUUAAGGGGGACACAUGCGAGGUACCGGGCGGGUUGCCGCCCCGCUAUCAGGCAGCCCUCGAGGACAAGCAGAAGAGGAUAGAAAGAUGGCAGAAGACUGUGAUGGAGGCCCAGCUGAACAGCCUCACAAGAGUCGCGGGAAUGCUGAAGUCUAUCCCCACUAUCUUUGGGCAGGAGGUGGGGUACACCCUGAACUGGGAGCAGAAGUCCAAGUUCCAGGAGCUGGUGGAGGCAAAGUUCCACGAGUGGCUCCUGGAGACAGGACAUCAACAGGAGCUGGACAGCUUGAUCCCGCGUCCCGCUACUUUGCUGCAGGUCUCCAGCAGCACCUCGGUGGACGAACCUUCGGCAAACAACAUCACAUACAUUACACGGGACGGAGCGGUGGGACAGUCACCUAUGGCUUGUUGAACUGUAGUCUUCCUCACACCUCAGUGCCAUUUAUUUUAAAUGAAGUAGAAGCAGUCAUGGACAUUCAUAGAAUUAAUAUUUAGGGAUGAAACUUGAACCAGGGCCCCUUUGUUUUUUGAAUGUCUUUAACGACUGGUAAAUUUUAUAGACUACUUGCUGUUCUGCAUUCAAACUGUUCAAAUGCAGUAAAUUCAGCUGUUUUGAUUACCUAUAUUAAGAUUCUAUGAAUUUGACUAAGACAAGCACGCAGUCAGUCAUGCACAGACUUCCACCUAACCCUAAAAUAAAAGUUAACUCACAAAUGGCCAGAAUAUAAACGAUUAAAAAACAAAUCUGAAAACUAGUAUGGCCUUUGGAAGACUUUACAAAAGUUAAUAUGGCUGAUAAAAAAAUGCUUUCAAUGUUUGAUGCAAUUGGAAUACCCACGCUGAAUUUUGUCAUUGCAAUUGUUCUGUUGAAUGAUCAUUUUUUUAGAACAAAAAUAACUUCCUGUAGUUAGUUGGGAUUUUCAUACUCUAUCAAUGAGAUCACUGGGUUGUAAUUUUUUGCAGGUCCUACUGACUGUGAUCAAUAUGAAAGUGCUGAUAUAAUCAACUGCCAACCAACAAACGUGCUUCAAAUAUACUAUAUUUUUCUAUCAGUUAGAAGUGCAAAUAACAUUGUCGUAUUAUUUCAUUCAUCAUGAGGGCCUCCUUGUUUGCACUUCAUACCUUCAAUUUGUUAACGUUAGAUUUCUUUGUAGAGUACAAAGUAGUUCAUGAAAGGAGGAAAAAAGCAAUUGCAUUGGAUACAGAUACUGUAAAAACAAUAAAUAAAUGAAAGCUUAUUUCACAGAUGUUUAUGCAACUUUUGUAUAAUUGUGUUUUCUCAAGAACAAAAAAUAAAGAU